AUGCAAAAGUAAGUAUCCUUCGCAUUAAUAACCUUGAUUUUGAUAACAACUGCAGUUGUUUCUUAUAUAAGCUUAGAAAAAGGAUCUAGUUUUCUUUCAAAGAAGGAAAAUACCUCAAAUCAUCAUCACAAAAAUAAUGCCUCUUCUUCUUCGUUUAAGAAGAUUGCUUACAUUAACUAACUCAGCGAGUGGGAUGGACCCAAAAUACUUGAUGCUAUGGGAUUGAACUCGCCUUGCUAUAAUGUUUUUAUCCUUACUUUUUGGAUGCCUGGUUGGGUUUCAGAUGCUUUAAGCGUAUGGGAAAACAUCUCAACAUAUAUUAGCACAACGAAGUACGGGAAAACUGAUGCUGAAAUUUAAAAAAAAAUUUUAGAACUCUUCCAUGCUCAAGGAAAAUAGCUCUUUAUUAGUGCUUUUGGUGGUACUGAUAAUCCAACUGGAUCCGAUCCUGUUUAAAUAGCAUCACAGCUCGCAGAUUUUGUUAAUAGAAAUCCAUACAUUGACGGUGUUGACAUAGAUUACGAAGAUAAUGAUGCCAUAGUUAAUGGAACUGGAGUAACUUGGUUAAUUACCUUCUAAAAAGCAUUAGCUGAAAAGAUAAACAAUAAAAACAUUAUAUUUACUCAUGCUCCCUAAGCUCCUUACUUUUCUCGUGCUUAUUACGACAACGGAGCCUACUACACAAUCGAAUAAGAAGUUGGACAUCUUAUUUCAUGGUACAAUGUUUAGUUUUACAAUUAAGAGUCAGAUAGCUAUGAUUCCUACGAAAAACUCUUUUUAAACAGUGGAGCACCAUUUGUUAAUACUUCUUAUUAAGAAAUCAUUGAAAAAGAUAAAAUUCCUAUUAGCAAAUUGGUGCUUGGUAAGCCAGCUACUCCAAAAGAUGCAGAUAACACUGGAUAUGUUGAACCUGCCGAAUUAGGAAAAAUAUGUACUGAAGCUCAAUAGAAGCUGGGCUACAACAUUCCUGGAUUCUUUAUUUGGGAAUUCAUAAAUGAUCAACACUGCGUCUUUUCAAAUGCAUUCUCUAAAAACUAUAAUCCAAAUGCUAUAAAAAAGACCUAUUGA